AUGCCAAGACGUCGGAUACGUAAUGAUGAUGACGAUGAUUUGGAUAGCGAAGUCGACAGAACGUUUGAUGCUUUGGAAAAAGACAGUCGACGUGGUUCACGCCGUAUAUCGGCAGUACUGCGAACACAGAAGGAUGAGGAUGAGGAACGACAAAAGAUUUUAAUGGAUAUGAAUGCCAGAUCUCUUGAGAAAGAAAAUCCAGCAAAAAAUGAACGUUUGCUAGAAGCGAUGAAAAUUGCUGUUACAAAAGCUAAACAAUUGGCAGCGCGUGCUUUCCAAGAAGAUCUUAUCGAUAGAUUACCAAGUGUUGUUGAAAAAGAGCCCUUAUAUCAAGCUGGAUCGUUGCUUGAUGCAAGCGCCCGAAUUUAUUCCUUUCGUGUUGAUGCUACACAUUCAGAGGCAUACGAUGUUCGGUCAAAACUAGGAGAUAAAUCUCAGUCUGAUAAUAAAAGUGGUAAGAAAGAUACUUUACCUAAUGGAGACAGUAAUGCUGAUGAAGGGAUGAAUUCGGAUAAUGAAGGAAGUACCGACAAAAAAGAAGGUAAGGACAAGGUAAAAAAGAAAGGACAAUUGAAUGAAGGAAACAGUGAUUCUGGUAGUGAUUUGGACGAUGGUCCAACUAAAAAGGAUAUCUAUGAUGCAGAUGAUCUCCCGAUCUACAUUGAUGAUUCAUCUUCUGUAACAGAUGAUGAACAAACAGUAUUAGAAGCUGGUGAGAUUGUGAAGAAAUUCAUGAACAGAUACGAUAAAUCUCACGAAAAUUGUAUAAAAAGAAGGGCGAAGGUACCGAUGAUUGUAUACGAUUCAUCUGAAUUAAAUGACACUGAAACGGGUGCCGAAUUUUGUAGUCACUUAUACAGUAAAGCAACGCAUAACUUUGAUGAGGGAUCAUCAAGUGGUCUUUUAAUGCAAAACGCUGUUACAAGCAAAUGUGGACGUCGUUACAUGGUGCAUAAUAAUUGUCGAUGUAUUCGUGAUCCAUGGAAUGAGAGAAUUGAGGGCGAAGAUUUACAUGAAAUUUGGAAAGGUAUCGAAGACGCCGAGAAACUUGCACCAUCAAAUGUUGCUAGCGUCAUGAGUAGUUUACAGGACGAUGAGCAUGUGUCGACAUUAUCACGAAAUACAAGUAUCAGUCAAGAAACAACAACAUUUAUGGAUACAACGGCAAGUACCAGUAGCAUGCAUUCAAUCCAGAAAAAUGUAGAAGCUGUGUUGGAAGAAGCACUUCUCGAAAAUGGUAGUAAAGAAUUGUUUCGUUGGAGAAGACAACUACAAAAGAAGCUUGGCAUGAAUUGCGGACAGUUCAUCGCUUUAUUGGCACACUCCUUGCGGGAUGUAGAUCCAUUCAUUCGACGAAGUUUCAUCCGACAAGCUGCUAUUCCAGUGAAAAAAUCCUAUAUUAACAGAAUUGCGGAUACAAAAAGUGGUUUGACAUACGCGCCAAUAGCUGAUGAACUGGAGCCAUUCGAAGAAUCUAUGUGUUGGAAAGUAUGCAGGAUGAGAUGGGACGAAAUGAGUAAUGAAGCCCGAGCGAAGACUUUGAAGUCAUUAUCUGGAGAGCAUCCGACAUUCAACUACUUUUUCGCACGAUCAGCGGAACAUUUGUCUGCUGAGGAUGAUAAUGUGCUUGGGAGUUUACCUGUUUUCCGUAGUAUAAUUGAAAUUGAAGUCCCACGUGACACUAUUAAAAUGACUGGAGAUGAUCAGAAAGCGUUGGCAGGAGUACUCGAUACUUUUCGAAUUGGUCGAGGUGAAAGUUUGUUUAAGAAAAAAGGCGAUGAUUUUGGACGAAAAAUUGCACAAAUUCCAAUUGCAACACCAAUACGAAGGCCAGAAGUACAAACUGCUUGGGAACGCGAAAGUACUAUUUCUAAAGAGCAGUCAAGAUCAAUAGUACCAUCAGAAUCAAUUAACGAUCGUUUGACGAUUUCAAGUCGUAUGAAUGAUGUUGAUUCUGAAACAGAUGCAGGUGGCUUCAACGCAACUUUCGAUAAUGAUACUGAUAUGGAUACAGAAGUGACAUCAUCGCGUAUGAGUGACUUCCGUCCAGCCGCCGAUGAUGUUCGAUCCCUUGCAUCUAAGCAGACAGAAUUUUCGGAAAAGCCAGAAAGUGUACGAAUGGAAAGCAGCAUUAGAAUUGAACGUACCGAUGCAGCUUCAGCAUACGGUGAUCUUCAUUUUGUUGACGAAAGACGAGUUGCAAUUAUGGCUUAUUCAAUAGUAAACGAUGAAACACACUGGAAAAAACGAAAACUUGAUAAAGGAGAAGUUAUUGGAGCUGUAAAAGGGAAGAUACCGAUAAAACUGGAUAAAUUAGAGCGGAAAAAAGCCAAGAGAGAGGACGAAAAAGAAGCAUUCGAAAUUGGUGAUUUCGAUAAUAUGCCUCUUGCUGUGAUUCGUGAUCGGCAAAGACAAACGAAACGUCCGACUGUGCUUGUCAAGCGUGAAGAUGAAGUUUUAAAGAUUCACCGGACACGGAUCGCUGCUGACCUUUUUUAUAAACCGGAACAGUUUUGUCGAUUGGCUCACGUUUUUUCGGGCGAGUGGGAGAAUGUGCGCUUUAAUCGUGCUAUGUCAGCACCAGUCGAUGCUAAAGAUGAACGCUUGUCACGAAUGUUACGACAAAGCAUUAGAGAGGAUUUGGACCCUGAGGAGGCAAUUAAAGAACACAUGUCGUGUUUUAACAGUUAUUUCGAUGAUGUAUGUUCGGAACAGCGGUCAAUGUCGGUACCUUGUGGUGGUGAAACAUUUGAUGGCCAUAAUGAUAAUGAUGUAUUUAGCGAAGUUACUACUCAAGAUAAUGAUGAUAACGACAGUACAUUGGUACCAACUUAUGAUGUACCAACGCUGAAAGCCACCCAAAGUUUCUAUUCUGAAGUCGACUCUGGAGCAGAAGAAGCGGAGGCAAGUUACUUGAUUUUGAAAUAA